AUGUCGCGCGAUCGCGCGACGCAGGUGAAGUUCGGCGCGCUCGUGCGCGACGAUGAGGUGGCGAACACGUUCGAGGCGCUGAACGGGACGCUGCGAGCGGCGAAGAAGCGAGGAAAGUUGACGUUCGCGGGGGAGCUGUUGUUGCAGGGGGCGCACGACGACGUCGACGUCGUCGUCGUCGAGAGCGCGGGCGCGACCUGA